CCCUAGCUGUGGGGAAAGUGAAAUGCAGUAAGAAGGCAGUCGGUUGCUGUGUUGUGUCGGCUUCACAUUUGCCUGUAUCACGGAUUUGAUAGUCUGGCGCUUGGUCUCGCCAUCGACAGACUUCUUCUGGAAUCUGUAAAGAUGAACGGCAAUGCCAACAAGAGGGCGCCGACCACAGCAACACAGAGACUGAAGCAGGAUUACCUCAGAAUAAAGAAAGACCCUGUGCCUUAUAUCUGUGCGGAACCUCUGCCCUCCAACAUUCUGGAAUGGCAUUAUGUAGUUCGAGGUCCUGAGAAAACACCAUAUGAAGGUGGCUAUUACCAUGGCAAAUUAAUAUUCCCACGGGAAUUCCCCUUCAAGCCUCCCAGCAUCUACAUGAUCACACCGAAUGGGAGGUUCAAGUGCAACACACGGUUAUGCCUCUCCAUUACUGACUUUCACCCGGAUACCUGGAACCCUGCGUGGUCCGUGUCCACCAUUUUGACUGGACUGCUGAGCUUCAUGGUGGAGAAAGGGCCCACUCUAGGCAGCAUCGAGACGUCAGACUACACGAAACGACAGCUCUCUGCCCAAAGUCUGGCAUUCAACUUGAAGGACAAAGUGUUUUGUGAAUUGUUUCCAACAGUGGUUGAGGAGAUCAAGCAGAAACAGAAGGCUCUGGAGGAGCUGAACUCGCGACCCCAGGCUCUGCCUCUACCCGACGUAGUACCCAACGGCGACGGGCAUCACGCCCACUACGGGGCUCCCGUUCUGAACGGCCACGCUCCGCUGGCACCCGGGGCGGCCGCGGCCCCGGCCCCCGGUCUCCAGGCCAACCGUAACCAUGGACUACUGGGCGGAGCGCUGGCCAACCUGUUUGUGAUUGUGGGCUUCGCUGCGUUCGCGUACACGGUGAAGUACGUGCUGCGGAGCAUAGCCCAGGAAUGAGUGGCGAGGGGGAGAGGCAGCCACGCGGACGCCGCUGGAAAAGACAUGAGACUGGACAGUGGGCUCCCAUUCCCCCGAACCACAUGCACAAAGACGGCACACCUGCUGCCCCGCCCAAACCAUGGAGGGGAUGGGAGGGGAGAGGGUGAGGGUGAAGGUGAGGGGGUAGGGUAGGGUAGGUUAGGUUGGCAGGGACGAGGUGUGGCCCCUUCUGUGAUUGGCCGGGCUCUGCGGAGAAGCAGGCGCACUCAGGCAAUGGCUCAUGGGUAGGAGUUGAAGGCCUGGUGACAGGGCUCCCACUGAGAAAACACACACACACACACACACACACACACACACACACACCUGCAUAUUUCCCCAUCCUCACUCUUCUGUUUGGUUCUGCUCCAGAUGGAUCAUGUUCACAUUGUCAGGCCUUCUCUGUUUUGAGUUCUGUAAAACAGACAACUUCUGUUGACCUGGUGAAAUUAAACACCUGUCCUCGAAUAAUCAAAAUCAGAAAGCCUUACUUAAGGAGCUAAAAGGAUCUAUGAGCAGUCUUUGCAAAAGUCUUAAGAUUCACUGGGUAUUUAAUCUUUUAUAUAUCUUAUUAAACAUACUGUACAGCUUUCUAAAAUAUGCAUCAAAAGCAGAAUUCUGCUUAAUGAAAAGUAUACUUUACCCACGCAUCUGUUGGUCCAAAUGACUCUCGACAUUGAGUUAAUGGCACAGUGCUCUUGGAAAACUCGCUGAAUGAACACAUUCACAUCUGACAACUGGUCAGAACAACUUGUCCACACAGGAAGUUCCAUUCAUUUCCUUUAUAAUAGAAUAGAGGAGAAUGGCUUUUUGGCCAGAGAUUUCAAUAUUGACCAUUGGGAUUACAAAUUGGUGAAUAAAGUACCUCAACAUAUAGAAAAAUAGUACAACAAAACACAACAACCAAGAACUGAACACACAAUCUUAGCAUGAAGCUUGUAAACCACCAAGCGGAACAUAUGUGUUUUGUAAUAUUCCUUCAUUUGAAAUCAAAGGAACAUUUGUAUACUUUUGUAAAUUGCAGUUGCAACUCUGUUUACAAAUUAAGCGUAGAAGUGAGUGUGCUUUUAAAGCCAAUUACGUUACGGUUUCAAACAGUCAUGUUCGAUCAGCCUGAAUGUCAAACCACACCAGACUGACUACUCUUACCGUACCCUCUGUUUCUGUGCACAUACUACUCACGCUAGCUUGUUUCUGUCAUAAUCCAGUUUCAUGAAUUACAUUGCAAUAUCAAAUGGCUCAAAGAGAUGUGAGAAAUGUACCUAUUUCAGUGACCUACUACUGCUAUGUGUUGCAUUGGCAAUGAGUAAGGUUUUGGAUUCACCCAGCAAUCGUUCUGUUCUGUUUUAUCUUGUUCCCAUCACUGACUUGUGUUGGUAAACAUUAACAGAUGUUUAUUGUGCUCACAAUCAACACCCCCUCCAUUGCAACACACAGACGUGCAGCACAUGCUACAUAAGAACAUAACACAUAUUUUUAAUUUGACAAAAGAGUUGUUGGUGGUGGGGGGUGGGGGUAUCCUCUCUUCCCCCUGUCCUGAGAUCGGUGGCCAGAGGAGAUUUCCGAGUGGCCCUGGCUAUCAGCCUGCCUUCUACCUAUGAGCCUGUCAGCCCGGUGUGUCCUUGGCAGGGGAUUAGUGACCAAUAUAAUUAAAUCUCCAAUUGGCUUAACUGACUGUGCUCCAUAGAAGCUCUGAGUAUGACUCACUUUGGGAUCCUACAGUGUAUUUUCUUCUUGUUCAUUUUGUAUUAUAAUGGAUAUUAGUUAACUUUUAUUUAUGAUUUAUCUUAAUAUGCUGUAUUGUAAAUGCUGAACAUUUUAUUGUACUGUAUUUUUUUCUUGAAAACAGUGAAAAAGAUAUUUUCCUUUAAACAUCCAAGCACGAUGAAGAUUUUAAUUAUGAUUGAAUCAAUGACAUACAGCUAACACCCAAAUUCCACCAACAUUUGUGUGAAUUUGCAAAAUGUCUGUUUUCAUAGUCAUUUUAAAUAAAAUAUCCUCUUUGCAGGA